AUGUCACCGACUCUACCGCCAUUCGCACCAUUCCCAGACUCGUCAUGGAAGAGUCGCAUCAGCACCAGCGAGUGGGACAGCUGUCUCUCAAUCUGGGUGGCCCUCAUCGAGGCACACCUCUCUCAGCCGGAUAAUGUCUUUGCUCAGACCGCCGCCCAGGACGAGUCGAUAUCUCCCUUUCUCGCGCCCCUGAUCAGUGAGGUGGCUGUCUCUGGCCCGUCAACGCUCGGCACGUCGCCAGCAGCGUCGACCCUCUUGAGACAGGUUUUUCGGUUCUCCGCGAGACUGCUCAGGUGUCCGCAGACGCCUCCCGCUCUGCUCCGAUGGGAAUUCCUCGCCGACUUCUCCCGUGUGUUCCCCAGGAAGAGGACCACGCCUGUCCUUGAUCACAUCUUUUCAAGGAACAAGAACACACCGGAAGUCUCCCUGCAAGGUCUCAAGAAGGCCCUGAUUGCCGGACUCGAUGCCGGCAUCAAGGGCGAUCUCGGCGCGGUGGAGGCCCGGCUCAAGCGCCUCAACCAUCUUCUCCAUGCGUCACCAGCCGCUGCUGCUUUCUUCAUGGCCGGAACAGACUUUCUCGACGGUCUGAUUAGCUGCUACAAGAUCAUGAACCCGCCACUGCGCAAGGCCAUCAUUACCACCGCCUAUUUGUGCCUGGCCGGUCUGACCGAGGGCGACCAUCCAAACUUCUCGCUGCUGAGUGACCAGCUGUACUCGCUCAAGGCAGCUGCCGAUGCUCACAAGGCGGGGCCGAUCAACGCCAAUGACUCGAUGGUGCCGGAGCUCAUCACGACGACUCCCAUCCUGAAGCACGUGCUGGCACAGCUGGAGAAGGCGGGCAACUCGGCCACGAGGAUCAAAUCCGUCAUUGCCAGCCUCGAGUCCUACCGCAAGCCAGGGGGCAUGGUCAGGCCCAAAAAGUUUAUCAAGCGCAAGAUCGACAAGGGAAAAGGUCCCAUGGACGUCAGCAAGGAUUCAGAGUUUCAAGAGAUGCGUAUCCAUCGUAUGAGCCAGAUCUCCCAGAUCCAAGACCUCUUUCCGGGACUCGGAUCUGGCUUUGUCUCACUGCUGCUAGACGAGUAUGGCAACGACACCGAGCAGGUCAUUGCGCAUUUGCUGGAAGAGGACUUACCGCCACAUCUCGGGUCGGCCGAUCGAAGCAAGGAAUUAUCUCCCGAGCGCCCUCGGCGGAGGAGCUCAUUGGCACCGAGGUCGACGCCAACACAACUCCCCACGCGCCACAACAUCUACGACAACGACGAUCUUGACGAACUGAACGUGGACAUGGGGAAUCUGCAUUUUGGCAAGCGGGGCGCCGACAAGACCGCCGACGACAUCCUCGCGGACCGGUCCACGGCACCCAACAAGGCGGCCAUCUUAUCCGCGCUCUCGCUGUUUGACGCCGACGACGACGAGCGUGACGAUACAUACGACGCGGUCGACGCCGGCAUGACGGUCAACGAUGCCCUUGCCGACGAUGCCGACGACCAGAAGCGCCAGUCGGCGAUUGAGGAGGUCCUUUUCAAGGCGUACCAGGCCAACCAGCAGGUAUUUGAGCGGGAUGCCGACACGCGGAGAAGCACCGCCAGGUCGACCCUCAGAGGGGAGACAGGCAUGACGGACGAAGCCAUCGAGGGAUGGGGUCUGAUGUUGGGCCGCGACCCGGGGCGACUGAAGCGCCUGGAGCUCAAGUUCAGCGCCUUUAGUGGCAGUCAGACGAUACUGGAGUCGACAGCAUGGAGAGCAGGCAACGAGGACUCGGAAGGCGACGGUGCGGGGCGGGGCAGAGGACGGGGCCGUGGGCGAGGAGGAGGAGGUGGUGGUCGCGGUCGUGGGGGCGGCGGCGGCGGUCGUGGAGGCAACGUCGCGGGGCCGACUGGAGACAAAGACACGGAGAAUGCACGAAGGAGGAAGGAGUCGAACAAAGGGUCACGAGCAAACCACAACCGGCGAGACCAGCGAGCACGCAAGAUGGCUCGUGGUGGCGGGAUGGCAGGGUAA